CAGCGCAACUCCCUUCGGAGGUGCCGCAGACCUCGGGUCUCGUGCGCGCCAAGGAUUUUGGUGAAUGUUCGUAACCUGUGUCUUCUGUGAUCCGCACUGGCCCUGGGAGUCCUGCGCAAGACUCAGGGAGACCCAGGAAACCUAGAAAUGGACUCCCUUGCUUUUGAGGAUGUGUCUGUGAACUUCAGUCUGGAGGAGUGGGCCUUACUGGAUCCUUCACAGAAGAAGCUCUACAGAGAUGUAAUGACAGAAACCUUUAGGAACCUGGCCUCCAUAGGAAAAAGAUGGGAAGAACAUGACAUCAAAGAUCAGUACAAAAAGCAGAGGAGAAAAUUAAGAAGUCCAGUGGUAGUGAGAAUCUGUGAAAGUAAACAGGUUAAUCCAUGUGGAGAAACGUUCAGCCUUAUUUCAAAUCACAAUCUGAAGGAAAAAACCACCAGAGUGAAACAGCAUGACUGCAGAAUAUGUGGAAAAUUUUUUAGGUCUCGUUCAUCCCUUAGAGGCUACAACAGAUGUCACACAGGACACAAAGCAUAUGAAUUUCAGAAAAAUGGAGAGAAGCCUUAUAAGUGUAAAGAAUGUGAUAAAGCCUUUAGUCGCCUACUGUGGUUGGAAAAACAUGAAGGAACCCACAAUGAAAAGAAUCCCUAUGUAUGUUCAAUAUGUGGUAAAGCCUUCAGGUCUUCCAGAAAUGUUAAAGUACAUGAAAGAACUCACACUGGAGAGAAAUCCUACGAAUGUAAAAUAAGUAGUACAGCAUUUAGGUAUCUCAGUGAUCUUCGAAGACAUGAAAGAACUCACACUGGAGAGAAACUCUAUAAAUGUAAAAUAUGUGGUAAAACUCAUAGAGACCACUGGUCUCUUAAAAUACAUGAGAGAGUUCAUACUGGAGAGAAACCCUAUGAAUGUAAGAAAUGUGGUAAAGCUUACAUAUCUUUCAGGUCCUUAAAAAGACACAAAUCUACUCAUACUGUGGAGAAACCCUAUGAAUGUAAACUAUGCAAUACGGCAUUUAGGUAUGCUAGUGAUCUUCAAAGACAUGAAAGAACCCACACUGGAGAGAAACCCUAUGAAUGUAAAAUAUGUAGUACAGCAUUUAGGUAUAUCAGUGAUCUUCGAAAACAUGAAAGAACUCACACACGAGAGGAAUACGUGGUAAAUGUAAAUGUAAAAUACGUGGUAAAGCCCACAGAGAGACAAAAAAACACAAAAAACUCACACUAUGUAGAAACCCUAUGGAUGAAAAAUAUGUAAUACAACAGGAAGAGACAUACCUUGUACUCUAGCAGGAAGGUGUUUCUACUACCCAAACAGAGGUAAGAUUUCUCCUAACCCAGCACAAGACCAUCCACUGGGAACUGUUAAAACUCAGUCAUUGAAGAGUCCUCACAACCUUGAACUCUGACUUGCCUCUAAUGAACUUUGACUUAAAGCACCCCUUCCAAACUUCCUUCUUUUUCUCUAGAAAGUAACAUUCUUCUUUGUUUGUUCAACCUGCCUAUAGAUUUUGCUCUGGUUUGUUUGCGCCAAAAUACAGUUCUCUGCUAUUACCAAAUAAACCCACUUUGCUAGUUAAAUAGUUAGAUUUUUCAGUAAAUCUCCAAAGCACUCCAAAUACACAAACACUUUAGAGGGUUGUGUUUGUUUUUAGGUUUUUCAUGAGAGACAAAGUCCCUGCAGCCAUGGUGUGUACCUGGGGGACCUACUAACUUUGGUCUAUUUAUUUAGCAGCCUGGCAGAGUUCUGUUUCCUUAAAAGGGCUUCUUGCUGCAUGGGGGUAGGCUGUACUGGUAAGGUGCCAUCUAUAGCACAACAAAUGAAAAUAAACACUUAACAUUAGUAAAACCUUUGAAGAGAGUUCAGGAUCCACACUGACACUUUUUGGGUUUCUCCUGUUCCCUAGGAUGAAUACAUUCAAAUAUUUUUUGAGGCGUCAUCUUAA